UUUUUUUUGAAAGAUAGUUUUUGGAAAGUUGUAUGAAGAACUCGAGAGACGAAGCGAGCGUUCUCUCUCUAGAGAGGGAAGAGAAGAGGUGACACAGAGAGAGAGCGAUGGGCUCAUCUACUGCCAUUUUUGUGUUCUUCCUCUUAGUUUUGCUUUCGAUCUCCUCACGUUCGACCCCUGUGUCAGGCAUUGAUGUGCAAAAUCCAUCUCUUGAUGUAACUCCAUCCACCCUCCCUGGCCAUACAUUAUCUGCUCGUGGUUCUAAAGAUGUUUUACUGUGUAAGCGUAUUCGAGUUGCUGGUCUAUCGAGAUCAAAACUUGGGAGAUAUGCCAGUUCGUUUAAGGUUACUGUGGCCCCAUCGGUAGCUAUCCCUGAGAGAUUACAUAGCAAAAUUCAGAUUUGUUUUCACCAGAAUGCUUCCCUUGGAUUAUGUCAAUGUGAGAAGAAUGAAUGGAAAUCUGUCCAGAAGGGGCUAUGGAGCUCUUUCAUGUCACCUUAUCGGGACAGAUACAUUGAUGUCAAGUUUGUUGGUGAUGUUUCUGGUUCUGUCACUGUCACUGUUGAAGAAGAGUUUCAACGAUGGCGUCUGCUUUGUCUUGCAUUGGGUCUUCUUUGUCUUCUCUUGGCACCAAUUAUCAGCAGUUGGGUUCCCUUUUAUUAUAGCAGUUCAAUGGCCAUUGGUGUGUUGCUUGUCAUUAUAAUCCUUCUGUUUCAGGGAAUGAAAUUAUUACCAACUGGAAGGAAAAAUGUCUUCUACCUUACUAUAUAUGGAUCAGUGCUUGGAGCAGGAUCUUUUCUGUUACAUCAAUUUUCAAUGUUUGUUAAUUCUAUUCUUAUCAAUUUUGGGCUGAGUGAAGAGAUGCACAACCCUGUGUCUGUAUUUCUACUGGUCUUGAUUAUUCUUGCAGGAGCUGCUCUAGGUUACUGGAUUGUGCGGAAAUAUGUUAUUUCAGAAGAUGGAAGUGUGGAUGUUGGCGUAGCUCAAUUUGUGAAAUGGGCAAUGCGCAUCAUUGCGGCAACAUUUAUUUUUCAGAGCACUCUUGAUACUCCUUUGGCAAUGGGGGUACUGGUUACUUGUGUGACAAUUUGCUCUCUUAUCACUUCUUCAAAGUGGCAUGUUCUAGAGUAUCCAUCAUGUUUUGGGGACGAGACUUGGCCACAAAGUGGUGCUUGGACAACUCCAAAGCACAAUCGUGCUGAGUUCCUUAAUAGGUCAAAGAACAUGGGUGCUCGAGGAACAUUGUUGAAUAGCCCAAGGAGUUUGUCUGCUUGGUCCAAUUCUCCUGUUGAAGGUUUGGUGUCACCUUCUAACAGUAGAGUGAUACGAAAUGAGCAGAAUUACUAUUCUACCUUCCAUAAAACACCCAACAGAAAGAAGUUCUCAAAGGAAGAGUGGGAGAAAUUCACAGAGGAAUCAACGAGGGAAGCCGUGGCUCGGUUGACAUCCUCCCCAGAGUUCACUGAUUGGGCCAUUAAGCAUGCUGAUAGAAUACAAGUCCUUCCGGAUGACAGUUCGGAUGAAACAAUUGGAAGUGGGUCAGAUGAGCAGAAUGCUGUAGUGAUUGGAACUUGGUCUAACUUAAAAUAUUAGAUGAGUUACUCUAGGGCUUCAUGUGGCCAUUUUUGAAAAUUUAGAUGAGAUCUUGCUCCCUUUAUGUGGUGAUCGUUAUCAAACGCAUUGGUUCUCUUGAUACCUAUGCCUCCAUUAAGGUUUAAGGUUUCAACCCUCAAGGGCUUGAUACUUAAGGGCUUGAUACCGCUGGGCGACUAUUUGUUUUUGUAACCAUAGUUGUAUUGAUGAAAGCUCAUUUGUGAAAAAUUUCAAUCAAGUAUAUAGUCAGUUAUUGUGCCCAUCUCUCUCACUCACGUGGAUGGCAUGGACCUCAAUAAUACGUCUUUUUCUGAGCUAAUCUUACACAUGGACCAAGUACCCAAGUCAAUUUUUCUGGAAUUUGGACGGAUUGGGCUUCAAUAUUGUAUGCAUAUUUUAUUGUGAUGUUACGUAA